AUGACCAGCGGCUCUUCGGUCAUUCGACGCCCUACCGUCACCAAGUCGAACGUCGAACUCAUAAAUUCCUUGCGUGCCAACAUCGUCGAAGCUCAGGCUGCUGCGUCUAUCACUGGUGCCGACUCCUCUACAUCCUCCCUCUCUGAAACCUCCGAUGGCACCCCACCGCAAAAGAGCGGAUAUCCAUCUUGGACACGCAAAGAAGGUGACACUCUCUACAUACCUGCGCAUGAGCCCACGCCUCUUGCGGAGCCGAGAUCUUCUUACAAGAUAACUGUCAAGCUCUUCUAUCUCCCGGGGAUACCGCCAUCUAGAAGAUGUGAGCACACUAAGCAAGCAAUUUCCCUUGUUCUAAAGGAGCUCGGAGCGGAGUCCAUAGAUCUGCUUAUCGUUUCUUAUCCUGGCGUAUCCUUUGACGCUGAUGACGACGGUGACUCUGAAACCUCAUCCGCGGAGGACGACAGCGCGGUCAGCGAUGACAGCGCUCAUGGGAUGGAAACAAUGGUUAGAACGUGGAGAGUGCUGGAGGCGUUCCAUGACAAUGGCAUUAUUGAUAAACUUGGGGUUUCGGAAUUCAGUUCAGAUCGACUAGCGAAGUUCCUCCCCCAGACGAAGAUCAGGCCGAGCAAGGACCAAAUUAACGUCAAAGAUUGUUGCGUGGUACCCAAAACGUUGAUUAUGUAUGCGAAGCAGGAAAGUAUUGAGUUGCUAACCCACAACGACUGUACAGAUAUCCUACCUUCUGGAACAAUACGUGAACUCCUUGGACCCCGGAAUCAAGGUGCUGGUGUGCUGGCGGCAACGGCCGAUGCAGACGAUGGAGGACUCAAAGGAGAUAUCGCGCCACAGUGGGUCAUCAAGUAUACUGCUGUGGUGGAAGAUCGUGGUGUGAUCGAGAACAAAGGUUACUUUGCCAUGGCCCAGGUUGGGUCGUGUAUUGGAGAGGAGUCGUAA